GGAAAACCGGGUUUUGGCUUUUAAAAUUUUGGCCGGUAGGGACUUUGCUUUUCCCCUUCCUACCUUCUUUUUGCUUUCAAGGCUAAACAGCGCAACGUGUCAUAUCAAACUAAAUGCGCAUGCUUUUUAAUGCUAAGGUGCAUCCGGUGUCGCAGUACUCUCUCUCUCGCUGUGUGCUGGGACGCUUGGUUAGUCAAAAGAAGGAAUGCUUUUAAUGGUGGACUGGCCCAACCAUUCAAUAUUUAUUCAUCAUUCAAGGCUCAGUUACUUCCUUCAUAAGUAAAUAUAAUAACAUUAAUGGGUUUGUGCUAAAAUGCGCUUGUUUUUUGCUUAGGAUGCUUCUUGGGUCUCGAGCUCUCGACUCGCUGUGCUUUCUCUCUCUGGGUCUUUGAUGUUCUCGGUCCAGUUAAUCCCUUUUUAAAGCAUUCUUAUUCUUUGUUGUUUGAAGAAGAUUCUGUGUUUUGUCUUGGCGUUUUCAAAAACCAAAUCUCUUGUUCGAGAGACUACUGCAGUAGUCGUUGUAGUUGCUAGUUUCUACUGUGCUUGCAGGGAAAGCAUUGCUCUCUUGCUUUGCUCGAUUCUCUCUCUGUCUGACAGUUUCUAUUUCAGAACUCUUGUUUUCGUCUCUCUCUCUCUUUAUUAUUAUUGUUAUUAUUAUUUUACCAUUAAAAAAUCCUUUCUUGAACUUCUAUCUAAUCGAAUCUAUUACGUUCCUUUCAUUUGUUCUUCGUUUCUCUAUUUUAUUUUUUUUUAGUAAAAAAAUAUUAGCAUUGUUAUUUAUUUAUUUAUUUUUUUUUUUUUGAGGGGGUGGGGGGAUAUAGAGAUUCUGGAACUGGGCAUUCUUGUUUCCUUUGAUGCUUCCCUGGGGUCUUCCGAGUCAUUGGAAGUCGGGUGAUAGUGGCAUAUUCAUGAUUCAUGAUUCAUGAUUCGAAGGUAUAGUGGGGGUUUGAUCUCUUGACCUGAAGAUCAUUUGUAUUAAUGGCCACGAUUAUAGCUGAGUAGACUAGCAAAAUCAGGUACCCAUUUAGAAAUUUUGUUUAUGGAUAAAAAAAAAAUAGAGAAAAUUUUUGGUAAAAGUUGCGUCCUCUGAAUCACCAGGAAUGUAUGCAGUGACCUUUUGGAUUUGGAGGGUUUACCUUAUUUGAUUGGUAAUCAUAAUAUUCCUGAGGAGUGAGUGGUCUUUCUUUGUGCUGUUACUGUCCGUUUGAAUUGCUGUUUGUCACCUCUAUUUUCCUUUUAAGAAUGUGAGCUUGCAUUCACUGUUAUCCCACUCGCCGAUACAUUUAAACAGAAUGGGUUGUGUUGCAUCGAGGAUUGAUAAGGAAGAGAGGGUGCAGGUUUUCAAGGAGAGAAAAAAGCUAAUGAAACAGUUGGUGGUGCUUAGAGGAGAAUUUGCAGAUUCCCAAUUUGCUUAUCUUAGAGCAUUGAAGAAUACUGGAGUAACCCUCCGGCAAUUUACUGAGUCGGAAUCAUUGGAGCUCGAAAGUACCCAUCAUUAUUUGGCAUUGCCACCCUCGCCCCCACCUCCACCUCCUCCUCUGCCACCACCACCACCACCACCUCCUUUUAGUCCUGAUUUAAGGAAGUCGGAUAAUAAUCAGAGAGUGGUUGGCAAAGAAGAAAGCACUGAGAUUUCUGUGGGUGAUACCUCAGCAGAUUUUAUACUCAACUCUGCUUGGGACUUUUUAAAGUCUUCUUCACCACAAAAUUGGGAAAGACAUGAAACGGGGGAAACAGUUGAUGAGGAAAACUGGGCAGAGACUAAGACUGAUUUUGAAGAAGAACAGGAAGGGGAAGAUUCUAUAGAUAUUGUUUCUAAGCCACUCCCUGGGAAAUCACAACCUCCAGGAUUGGCUGAUGAUAAUUCAUCUACAAUGAGCAGGUAUACAAAAGACACUGCAGAAUUGGCCAUGGUAUCAUUGAGAAGCAAAAAGUCCUUGGAGGGUAUAGCCAAGGAGUUAGAUGAUUAUUUCCUGAAAGCAUCGGGUGGUGUGAAGGAAAUUGCUGUUCUCAUGGACAUCACUGGAAGGGAUAAGUUUCUGACCCAGAGCUCACAAGAUAGUAAAAGGUACAAUUCUGCUAAAGUUGUUAGUGCUUUAUCACGGAGUCGGUCUGAUAGGUUGACAAGAGAUGCUGUUGAGCCAAGUGGUGCAAGUGAACCAUGCAGGCCUGGAGCUCAUAGCAUCACACUUGGAAAAUUAUGUGCUGAGGAAAAGAAUCUAUACAAGUACAUCAAGAAGGAAGAGUUUGCCAAAUUACAGUAUGAGAGAAAAUCCUUGUUACUGCAAAAGCAGGAGGCAGAAAACCAAGAUUGGACCAAGACUGAGAAAACACGAUUGAAUGUUGAGCAUUUGGAGGGUGAAAUAUCACGUUUGCAACAAUUAAUAAGUAAGACUUGUUCUUCUAUAUUGAAUCUCAUAGAUGAUGAGCUGUAUCCUCAGUUGGUCGCACUGACUUUCGGACUGUUGCACUUGUGGAGAACAAUGAACGACUGUCACCAGGCUCAAUUCCAUAUUUCACAGCAGUUAGAUCAUCUAACUGACAAUCAAAGAAUGGACCUGAGUACUGAUUACCGCCGGCAAGCUGCAGCCCAGCUUGAAACUGAGGUCAAUUGCUGGUUCAAUAGCUUCUGCAAAUUUGUAAAAUCUCAACAGGAUUAUGUAAGAGCCCUUUGUAGGUGGAUCCGACUCACUGGUAGACUUGUGGAUGAGCAGCGACAGAGUCUUUACUCAUCUGCUGUACAUAGCUUUUCUGACCAAUGGCAGCUUGCCCUUGAUAAAUUACCAGAUAAGGUAGCCUCAGAGGCCAUUAAGAGCCUCUGGUCAGCCAUCCACUUGAUACGUCUACAACAGGAAGAGGAGCGCAACCUACAGAGAAAAUAUGGUAAAAUUGAGAAAAAGCUACAAAAGGAGCAACAGUCGCUGUCUGAGAUGAAGGGGAAACUUGAGGGUAGCUUUGCUGUCGAAGAUGUGGCCUCUGGUUUGAGCCCUAAGCAUCCAUUGUCACUUAAACAUGCCAAAAUUGAAGCCUUGACGAAGCAAGUGGAAAUGGAGAAGUCCAAAUAUCUCAAUUCUGUGCAGGUUAGCAACACCAUGACUUUAAAUAACCUGAAAACGAGCCUCCCUAAUUUAUUCCUAGAAUUAACGGGAUUCUGUAGGGACUAUAUUGCGGCCAUUGAGGGUAGUUUCAACCACAUUAAGCCUGCAGAUCCUUGUGAUGGUGCAUAGAAAAUCCCAAACAAUUUUACAUUUUAUUUUUCCCAAAAAUGGAGAUGGAGUUGAGUUGGUUCCAGGUUAUCAGGUCUUUUAAGUCCAGGUUAUUUACUGUGGUGGAAGUGGGGAUUUGACUAUGGGUAUUGGAAAUUUGUAUAUUUUAGCAAAUAUUCCUGAUCCUUGUGGAAAUAUUAGUUUUCUAAAUUCUGCGCUUCAGGAUUGUGUUCUAUCUAAUAGAAUUUUUAAAAUAUUGUCCAUAGCAUUAUAAAAGUGUCCUAAAAAUAUAUUUUCAAGUUUCA